CCCAAACCAAUUACAAUAUGCCCUACAUCACGGAAGGCGAACCCAAACCUAUUGGUUCAUAUCCAGACUCAGGCAUCGAUGUUCUUAUCGUGGGAACCGGCCUGGCUGGCCUAACGGCUGCGAUUGAGUGCCGUCGCAAAGGUCAUACGGUCCGAAUCCUGGAGAAAUGCCCAGACAUCAACACCCAAGGGGAUAUGUACUUCAUGGGUCUGUCUGCCACCAAAUUCUUCAAACACUGGCCUGAGAUGGCGAAGGAGUAUGACGAGAUAUCUCUCCACAAUUCCUGGCUUGCGACCUACAAGCACGACGGAGAAUUGGUAAUUCCUCCCCUCAAGGUUGCUGAACGACUCCGGGAGGCUGGACUUGAUCCCGGCACUCCUCCUGGGCUCUUUCAAAUGCGCCCGCUUGUUUACCGGAUGUAUAUUCGUCAGGUGGGCCGACUCGGGAUUCCCAUUACAUUCAACAAGAAGGUGGUCGACUAUUAUGAGGACUUGAAACGCGAAGUGGCCGGGGUCAUUACUGAGGACGGCGAAAGAUACGAAGCGCAUGUCGUAAUUGCGGCCGAUGGCGUCGGAUCAAAGGCGCAAAAGCUCCUCGGUGGCCAGGUCAGGGCUAUGAAGUCUGGCAGAGCCAUGUGGCGCGCGGCGUUUGACAUUAGGUACCUGGACCAGAAGCCCGAACUCAAGAAGUUCUUUAGUAUGCACAUUCCAGAGGGCGGUGGAAAGCCAGAACCCAUCGUCCGUACCUGGCUUGGACCGGGAACUUAUGCCAUGCAGCUGACUCGCCCAGACACGGUGAUCUGGAUCAUGAACCACGAUGUUACGGGUUCCGAGAAAGAGUCUUGGACACACACGGUCGAGUCGGACGAGGUGUUGAGGAACAUGGACAACAAAGUCCCCACGCCUUGGGCGCCCGAGCUCAAGGAGCUGAUCAAGCUUACUCCGCCCAAGACCAUCAUUAACUUUGAGCUCUUUUGGCGCAAUCCUCAACCCAAGUGGGUAUCUCCGGGCGGCCGUGUUGUCAACAUUGGGGACGCCGCACACUCGUUCUUGCCAGCUUCGGGAAAUGGGGCGACGCAAGCAAUUGAAGAUGCCGUCAGCCUGGCGUCGUGUCUCCAGAUCGGCGGAUGGGAUAAUGUUCCACAGUCGGUUCGUGCUCACGUGAGGAUGCGCUUCAUUCGCAACGCAUGUGCUCAGAAGCUGGGCUUCUUCAACGCCGAACUGCUGCAAGACACCGACUGGAAGAAUGCGAAGGUGGAUUAUCGCAACGCCCAGCCUAGGAUGCCCAGAUGGGUCUGGCAGCACGAUCCGGAGAAGUAUGCGUACGAGGUUUACGACCAGGUGGUUUUGAACAUGAAGAGGGGCAUUCCGUUCAACAAGGACUUUGAAGUGCCGCCCAACUAUCCGCCGGGGUACAAGUACGAGCCGUGGAAGAUUGAAGACAUCAUGGAGGCGUUGCGCGCGGGAAAAAAGGUCGAGCUGGGUGCUGGAGACUGGAGUUAA